AUGGCUGCAUCGCGUUCAAAAGCCAAGCCCUUGAUGGACACAAUAUCCGAAGCCCACCGCAUGUCCUACCGCAUCGGCCGCGGCGAACAAGGCGUCCUCACCUUUGAACCCUACAAAUCCGCCAUCCUUCCCCUCUGGCGCUUCCGCACAGCCCCUAUCGCGCGAAAAAGCGCUCAAGACCUAUGGACCAAGUUCAAUGAGUUCAAAGACCAGGGCGAUUUUGUGGGGAUGGAUAUGACGCGUAAAUUCAUACAGAUGGGUAUGACGCGUGCAAAGAGAUAUGCUAAUCAUGCUGGGGGGCGGAAAUAUAAGAAGGGCACCAGGGAGGAAUUACCGAAGAGUGAUGAGCAUCCAGAUAAGGAUGAGAAGCUGAGGGCGAGCUUGAUCUUUAGAGGGUAUUGGGAGAGGUGUAAAGAGGAUGAGGAGUAUCAGAAUCUCAAGGAGGAGUUUUUAGAGAAGCAGAAGAAUUGGAAGGAGUCUUGA